AUGUCUUCAAACUAUGCCACUCCUUUAGACGAUGAGGUGUUUCCCUUAUCUUUUGCCAAUUAUCAAUUUACCGAGCAUGUGUCACUUGGUGAGCAUUAUUCACUCAAUACUUCGGAAGAUGCCAAAUAUAAUAAUUUGAAUGGUCCUUUCGUGGUACCGAGAGACACCGGGAAGUUCGAUUUGAACACAAGUUCUGCCUCGGACGAGACUGUGUUCUCGUUAGAUAACCCUCAAGAAAACAACUACAAACACCAAGCCAUGAAUAACGUCCAGGAUUGUCGCAUGGCCGUCGCGGCCAAAACUACCCAGUCGUGUGAUAAAUUGACCGAUCUUUAUGCCAAUGCCGCCCAACAAAACUACAGAUUGUGGCUGUCUUCAUUUUAG